AGCGGUCACACUAAUUUCCAGAGCAAUCCAAAAAAAGGAAGCAGCCGAAAAAGAACAAAAACCUGCAGCAUUUACAUUCAAAUAUAAAUCCGAAGCAAAAUGGUGGACUACAGCAAGUGGAAGAACAUCGAGAUUUCGGAUGACGAGGACGACACUCACCCGAACAUAGACACGCCUUCCCUGUUCCGCUGGCGGCACCAGGCGCGCGUGGAGCGCAUGGCGGAGAUGGACCACGAGAAGGACGAGUUUAAGAAGAAGCGCCAGAGCUACCAGGCGCGCCUCAUGGACGUCAAGGAGCGGAUCUCAAAGAAGGAUGGCGACGAGGAGGCUCUAAAGAAAGAGCUCGAAAAGAUCGAGGCCGAUGGCAAAGAGCUGGACCGUAUCGAGAGCGAGAUGAUUAAGAAGGAAAAGAAAACACCCUGGAAUGUGGACACCAUCAGCAAGCCCGGCUUUGAGAAGACCGUGAUCAACAAGAAGGCCGGCCGCAAGGCGGAUGAGAAUCUGUCCGAGGAAGAGCGAGAACAGCGCAUGAGGCAAUUCGUCAAGGAGAACGAGAAGCUCUGCAAACAGUAUGGCAUGCUGCGCAAGUACGACGAUUCGAAGCGGUUUCUACAGGAGCAUCUUCACCUGGUGGGCGAGGAGACGGCCAACUACCUGGUCAUCUGGUCCAUCAACCUGGAAAUGGAGGAGAAGCACGAGUUGAUGGCCCACGUGGCGCAUCAGUGCAUUUGCAUGCAGUAUAUUCUGGAGCUGGCCAAACAGCUGGACGUGGAUCCUCGCGCCUGUGUCAGCUCCUUCUUUUCGAAGAUCCAGCACUGUCAGCCCGAGUACCGCGCGCAGUUCGACAGCGAGAUCGAAGGUUUCAAAGGACGCAUCCAGAAGCGUGCGCAGGAGAAGAUCCAGGAGGCGAUAGCCCAGGCCGAAGAGGAGGAGCGUAAGGAGCGCCUCGGACCUGGUGGUCUGGACCCAGCCGAUGUCUUUGAAUCCCUGCCCGAUGAACUAAAGGCCUGUUUCGAGUCCCGCGACGUAGAGCUGCUGCAGAAGACCAUUGCGGCCAUGCCCGUGGACGUGGCCAAGCUGCACAUGAAGCGUUGUGUGGACUCUGGUCUCUGGGUGCCCAAUGCCGCUGACUUGGAGGGUGACAAGAAGGAGGAAGAUGACUCGGGUGACGUCGCCGGUGGCGAGGAGAAGACCGACGAUGCCAAGUCGGAGAGUGCGGCCAAGGAGGAGCCCAUCUACACUGGCGUCAGCACCGAGGACGUUGACUGAUCGCCGCCACGUUUCCAUCUACACCAUAGCUAUAAUCUUAAUGUACUGUCCACAAGCAUAUUUCAUCCAUAGCCAGAUCCUGCGUCAGUUGAGUUAUUGUAUAUAAUUUGAAUAAAUUCUCAGUAACACGUCAAA